GCGUCCAUGGGCUUCCUCCACAAUUACGACGUGUCUGCUACCACUUCGUCAACCACCUCCACACCACAAGAAGGCCAUGGUCAUGAGGAAUCUCCAAAAGUCUGAUUAGUGCCACCCCUUAUUUGCAUAUGAUCAGGUGUUCUAAUCACAAUACUAAAAUCUUUUUUCAGUUAAUCCUAAAGCAAUUAUUCUAAAUUUUGUUUGAGAAUCAAUUAUUCUUUUUUGAGUGCUGAGAAUCGAUUGUUCUAUUUUUUUAGACAAGAUUAUUCUAAAUUUAUGACCGGUAAUCAUGUAUCAGUGGGCUAGUCAAAUAAGCUAGACCGGCCCGGCCCGGCCAUCAGUCUAAUAGCUCUGGAAGAACGGGCGGCGGUAAGAGCGGCCACGAUGCGGUCGUCGUCGCCUUCCUCCUCGAUUCCUCGUCGUGCUUGCUCGCGAUCCAUUCUGCAGGGAGGCGAAACCCUCUGCGCGCCAUGGGCGACCACUACGGUACGCUUGGGGUGCGGCCCGACGCUACCAAGGCCGAGGUCAAGGCCGCCUUCCGCCGCCGCGCCCUGCGCGACCACCCCGACCGCCACGCUCAAUCCGGCGACGCCGGUGCCCGAGCCGAAGCCGCGCGGCGCUUCCGCCAGGCCUCCGACGCCUACCACGUCCUCUCCGACGACCAAAGGAGGGCCGAGUACGACCUCCGUCUCCGCUCUUCCUCCUAUGUCCGCACAUCCUCCUCCACCUGGGCCUCCUCCUCGGGUUCGCACGGCUACGGCUACGGGCACAGAGAAAGUUCUUGGCGGCGGCCGCCUCCGGGAGGCGGAGGCGCAUCGGUGGGAUACGAUUGGGGCUUGUUGCUGAAGGCGAUGACUCGGCGAAGGUUCCUUCUCAAUCUCGGCUUCUCCAGUGUAUUGCUUUCUGGUGCAGCUUUUCUUGAUGGAAGUAUUCUGGAACUCUGGAACAUGAAUAACUCUGGGAAAUCAUUUGAAGAAGCAAUGGAGUCGAUUGAGAAGGUAAAAGGGGGAAAGGGGAAUAGGUAGAGAAGUAGAUAGGUUCCAUCAAAUUGUGGUACACUGGUACAUAGACAAACGAGUGUGCAUAUUGUUGUUCAGAUCCUUCUGUGCAGUCGGAAUAAUAUUUGUGACAAAGUGACGACUGAUUACCUGAUCAGCGUAGCUGUGGAUGAUUGUAAUGUGCAUCUAUGCCUAAGGUUCUUCCAGUGCAAAGAUUCAAACAAGUUCUUUUAACCUCCUCUAAUCAUGCUUUGUUUCCUCGGAA